AAUGAGUAGAUAAGGUCAAAUGUUGCGUCUCAACUGCCAAGAACACAUAAUGCACAUUACACACGUAACCUCACUUGCAACAGAAGUACAAAACAACAACAGUACUAUACUUGGUAUAUUUUUUUCAACACUGGAUUUCUCCAGUGAAGUCAAAACAGAAAUAAUGAAAAAUAAGUCUGUAUGGAGUUGGAGAAUACAGUUAUUUCAGAAAAAGACAGAAUUGGAAGCAAGAGUUGAAUGACUUACUUGAAGGUGAAGUGUGUAGUUUUUUGUUGUAAAAAUACUUUUCCCAGUUUAAUAUGCCACAGCAACACUGGCUCAACGUGUUAUAAGUUUGGGAGUGGGACUAUCUAUUUAUCUUACCAAUGGAAUCAAUUUAGGAAACCUGUUUAAGAACAAUUCUUUUGCUAUUCAGACAGAAUUUAGGUUUCCUCAUUAUUUAGGUUUCCUCAUUAUUUAGGGUUAUAGAACAGGGCCCAGGCAGAAAUAAAAGUAUGAUACAUACAUGAAGGAAUAUUAUAGUAAUGUCAUGGCAUAUAAUCUUGUAUAAGAAACACAGUUGAACAUUUUCUAGCUAAAUAUUCCAAUUCCAGAUGUCAAGGCUGAAAAUUGGUUGGAGUCUACACACUGAUAAUGUGACAAUCUUUGUUUUGGUUCAAAAGCUGCCUCUUCGAUAGGAAGUAGAUGGCUUUGAGAAAUCCUGUUACACACAUCUCCCUCGAGUCUUCGCUGAGCGAGUGAGCCUUCUUCUCCGUCUUCUUAUAUUUGGAAUUCGAUUAACAUUACAAUGGGUGAGUGGGACUUCCUAGGAAGACUGCUGGAUAGAGUCCAGACGCACUCAACGGUGGUGGGAAAAAUCUGGCUCACCGUCCUGUUUGUGUUUAGGAUUCUAGUCCUCUGCGCCGGUGCAGAGAGAGUGUGGGGUGACGAGCAGUCGGACUUCAUCUGCAACACAGAGCAGCCGGGGUGCGAAAAUGUGUGCUACGACCAGGCGUUCCCCAUCUCGCAUAUCCGAUUCUGGGUACUGCAGAUCAUCUCUGUGUCCACACCUACUCUGGCCUACCUGGGCCACGUCGUCCACGUCAUACACGUCGAGAAGAAAGUGAGAAAGAUGAUGAAGAAAGAGUUUCAGAAUGAGCAAAUCAGUCUGUUCCUCAAGAAAGGCUACAAAUUUCCCAAGUACAGCAGGGACAAUGGGAAGGUCAAUAUUCGGGGGCGUCUCUUGAGAAGCUACAUUCUGAGCUUGCAAUGUAAGAUAAUUCUGGAGGUGGGUUUCAUCUGGGGGCAGUACUAUCUUUUUGGCUUCACCCUUCAGGCAAAAUAUGUCUGCGUCCGUUUUCCGUGUCCUCACAAGGUGGACUGCUUCUUAUCGAGGCCCACUGAGAAAAGCAUCUUCAUUUGGUUCAUGCUGGUGGUGGCCUGUGUUUCUUUACUGUUGAAUGUGAUUGAGAUCAUAUAUCUCUGCACCAAGAAGAUCAACGAGUGCCUCAGCCGUAGAAAGGACUACACCAUCACCCCCGUGACCCCGGCUGUGAACAGGAAGGACUUUAAAAAUACAGAUCAGGUGAUCCAGAACUGGAUAAACUGUGAGCUGGAGCUUCAGAGGAGGGAACCUGGAAAAGCAGCAACCAAGAGCGUGGCUUCAGAGGACCAUAGUGCUGACAUGCAAGAGGUCCAUAUCUGAUCAGCAAGCCUUUGCACACAAAUUCUUUCACACGGUCAACUUGAGCAAACAUCCACUGAUCCAAGUGAUUCAUGCAUGGUUGAGACCCCCCAACUCCAAGCACACUAUGACCGCCUCUCUCUGUUUAACAAAUCAAUAAUGUAUUGCUGAAAUUUCUGAUCUGUUUUUGUUUUUCUGUAAUUUCUGUCUAAAAUUGUACUUUGUAGAAAGUUUCAAUACAAGCUAGUUUCAUGUAAACUGUGUUUUUGUGUUUCAGUUAUUUCUGUUCUGUUUAUUUUGGGGUCAGUACGAUUUUUAAAAAAAUGUUUUUGAAAGCUUAUCUUAUGCUCACCAAGGCUGCAUUUUUUUAUCAAAAAUACAUUAAAAUGGUCAUAUAGUGACCUAUUAUUACAAUUUAACAGUCUUUAGUGUUAUAUUAUUCUUCAUAAAUCAUUCUAAUAUGCUGAUUUCUUAUUAUUAAUGUUGAAAACA